AUGCUCAAGCAAGUCAGAUACAACUCGGCGAUUUUUACGGGCUUAUCUGUGAUCGUCGUUCCUGGUUACCCAACUCGUGAUGUUCAGAAAUUCGCAUGGACAGGAGAAUCCGUUGAGAAUGCUCAAUUAUUGAUGAAGCAAGAAACUUACGAUGUUCAAUACCCUCUUCUCUUUUCUCUGCCACAUGUCACGUGCCCAAAGCAACACUGA